UCCGACGGGAUUGUGGAGAUCACUUUGAAGAAGAAGCGAGAGCACGCUGACACCGUCCCACCCCAGGACAGCCUGUCUUUUGAAUUAAAAUAAUUUAAAACAAACAAACAAAAAAACCUACCGAAUGGUGACCUGACAGAGAUGGGCGACACAGGACUGUGCUGCGACAGCCUGCAGGAUCCCAAGGCCCUGAUGAAGAUGGGUCUGAGCGUGAUUCUAGUCGGUCACGUGAACUUUCUGUUGGGAGCUCUGGUGCAUGGCGUGGUGCUCAGGUACAUCAGCAUCAAAAACCAGGACCGUACCAUGCAGUACGCCAUCGCCAACGUGGUGGCCAUCACAUCUGGCAUGCUGGGAGUUGUUGCUGGUAUUCUGGCUAUCGUCCUCUCUAAAAACAAGAAGAGUAAAUCCCUGACGUGGUCUCUCUUCACAGUGAGUCUGGUUGCGUCUUUCACGGCAGCGGCUUCAGCCAUUGGCCUUUUUGUAUCCGUGGUGAGGGCCAUUGUUCACGGUGGGCGGAGCUUCAUGACUUUCUGCCGCUUCCCUGACGCCACCGGCUACUCCAGCGUCACCAACGAGUGUCCCUUUGACCCCACACGCAUCUACAGUACGACUCUGAUCCUUUGGGUGCCUUUAAUCGUGACUUGUCUCAUCCAGCUGGUGUUUUGUGCCCGCUGCCUUGCUGUCUGCAUUUCCUUUCUGGGUCUGCCUUGCUGUCCUACCAGGAAGAGACCCAGAGGCAGAUCGAUUAACGCUGUGGUGCCAAUCGAGAAAGGUGCUUCUCCUCACUAUUCUAGACCUCCAAGUAGCUACAAUGAACCUGCCCCUGGGCAUACAGAGCCUCCAAGAACCUACAGCCAACCACCAAGAACCUACAGCCAACCACCAAGAACCUACAGCCAACCACCAAGAAGGAGCACAGCAACUCCACAACGCCAGCACCGAACUCCCACCCCUCCACAGUAUCUUCCUCGUCAGGACCACAGUCUUCCUCCCUCGGAGAGGCAACCUCUUCGCCAGCCACACAGAGUGAGAUCAGACAGAGAAAGGCAAGUAACAAGAGCUGGAAGCCAGCAAAUGGCGACGGAGCAACACCGGCUCUUGCAAAGGGGUGCGCUGGAAAGGUCCAGCUUCUGGAUAUAGCGUUAUUUAACGCAGCAGAUCUACUCGAAGAGCCAGAAAAAGUCUUAUGAGGUUCCAGCUACAGUACUUGGAGUCAAACUUCAUGCUCAUAACCUGUCAGUACUUUAAAGCUCUGGCCUCAGAUGAAGAUGUUUCUUUAAGAGGAAGUGAUCUAUGAAUAUUCUGAGGCCCAGAUUAUUUCCCAGUUAUGGGAAUUUGUCAGUUCUCAUUCUUGUCAUCGUGUUGAACAAAAUAUGCACAUCAGGAGGAGAGAUGCUGCAAAGAGAGGACACAGUGCCGGGUCUGAAUGGGAUUAUGAGAAAUAGCUGGUCAGUUUGUUGUCAAGGGUUGGAUGAAUGAUCCGAUGUCGCUGUGAUGUCAGCUGUUUGGACCUGUUUAAAACUCGAUUCACACUUUCCCAUUAUAAAGCCAUGAGGCAGGGCUAAUCUGGAAGUUAGCGCUCUCCAACACUGAAAUCUCUACCACAAUUCAAAGCUCAGUAUUUCACACACGCCAAAAUGUGACCACAAAAUGUUUUCAUUUUGGGGUUUUUUGGUGGGUUCUUUUGCACAAUGCCAACAGAAUUGGAAGAACAAGAUGAAAAUAUUCUUUAUUCUGACUUUGUUGGGAUGUAAAUGAGCUGCUCUCCUGGUGUUACAAUGCUUUUCCUCUUUUUUGUUGAGGAUAGAGUCUCAGGUUUGCCUAACAGGGUAUGAGAUGCAUUUUGUUUUCUUCUUUUAGCUCAAGUCAAAUUAGCACUGCACAUGUUGUUUUUUUAUUUCUUAAGUAAAUAAAGUUUUUAUUCAAGAAACCA